AUGAAACGGCCUCUUUUGAAAGAGUUUACCACUCCCCUUGGAAGCGGUGCGGGAAUGCCACCGGAAAGAAGACCACCACCUGUGAAAGAUAGUGCUGUUAGAUUACAACGACCGUUUAAAGUUCCCUUUGCCACAAACCACGUUGAGUCUCGUCAGCCUGCUCGUAAAGCACGAAAAGUGACGAACUAUGUCGAGGUGUUUGAGGACGGGAACGGAGAACAAGCAGAUGGCGUUGAUGGAGAGGGUAAUAUUGUGCGGAAUAAGCGGUUUGGUGCAUUACUACCCAGACUGGUUAAUGUAGACCAUGGAGAUCGAAAGCUCAAAAAGUCGUUCAGUGUCCCUUUUGCUAAAGGAUCCAAAGGAGAAGCUACGUACGGUACUAAUGGAGGGCCACCUCCGGCACUUGGAACUCGUAGACAAGCAAUACUUCCUCCUCGACCACUACAUGAUCCUACGUCUGAGUUUGCAAUUGUUCUUUAUGAUCCGACAAUGGAGUCUUUUGACCAAGGUGAUGACGGGGAUAAAAAGGAACCCACGCCCGAAUCCGAAACCGAUGACUCGAAGAAGGAUUCAUCGCGACGCAAGUCACAACAUAGAUCAUUAGCAGAGAUAUUGGGCAUCUACAAGCCGCAAACCAAGUUUGCCGAUGUCCCCGUCGUGAUCGACCCACGGCUAGCGAAAGUAUUAAGACCCCAUCAGGUGGCUGGAGUAAAGUUUCUCUACAGGUGUACUUCGGGGUUGAUGGACCCAAGGGCCAAAGGUUGUAUAAUGGCCGAUGAAAUGGGACUUGGUAAAACUCUUCAAUGUAUUGCGUUGAUGUGGACGCUUCUUCGACAGGGUCCUCGUGGUACAAAGACCAUCUCGAAAUGCAUCAUUGUCUGUCCUUCUUCCUUGGUCCGAAACUGGGCAAAUGAGAUAGUCAAGUGGUUAGGUGAGGGUGUGUUGACGCCACUUGCUGUCGAUGGAAAGUCUACAAAGUCCGCAGACUUAGGCCCUGCAUUACAACAAUGGUCAGUAGCUUCUGGCCGUAACAUUGUGCGUCCAGUGCUAAUUAUAUCUUACGAAACGUUGCGAAGAAACGUUGAUAAACUCGCCGGUACAGAGGUGGGUCUCAUGCUUGCAGAUGAAGGGCACCGUUUGAAGAACGGCGAUUCAUUAACCUUCACUGCUCUCAAUGCCUUGCGGUGUGAAAGGCGGGUUAUUUUGUCAGGCACACCCAUACAAAAUGAUCUCUCGGAAUACUUUUCAUUGUUGAAUUUUUCAAACCCAGGUUAUCUUGGAACACGGAACGAUUUCCGUAAAAACUUUGAAAAUGCAAUUUUGCGUGGACGUGAUGCUGAUGCCACUGAUAAAGAGAAGGAAAUCGGAGAUCAAAAAUUGAGUGACUUGUCAAAACUUGUCUCCAAAUUCAUCAUCCGUCGGACGAACGAUAUCCUCUCGAAAUACUUGCCUAUCAAGUAUGAGUAUGUUGUUUUCGUCAAGUUGUCUCCUCUUCAGAAGGCUUUAUACAAGCAUUUUCUCACGUCUCCGGAGGUGCGUAAACUAUUAAAGGGUGCUGGAUCUCAACCAUUGAAAGCAAUUGGUAUGCUCAAGAAGUUAUGCACCCAUCCUGAACUUUUAAGAUUGCCGGAAGAGGUCCUGGGUUCCGAAGAUAUCUUACCAGACGACUAUGAAUCAAGUGGACGGGACAAGGAAAUCAGGACGUGGUACAGUGGCAAGUUUGCUAUGCUCGAGAGGUUUUUGCAUCAGAUACGCACUGAAACUGACGACAAAAUAGUGUUGAUAUCGAAUUACACUCAAACCCUCGAUUUGAUAGAAAGAAUGUGUCGUUACAAGAGAUACCAGUGCUGCCGGCUUGACGGUACGAUGAAUAUCAAUAAGCGCCAAAAACUCGUUGAUCGUUUCAACGAUCCCGAAGGUCAAGAAUUCAUCUUUUUACUCUCGUCGAAAGCAGGUGGUUGCGGUAUUAAUCUCAUUGGAGCUAACAGGCUCAUUCUCCUUGACCCUGAUUGGAAUCCAGCUGCGGAUCAACAAGCAUUGGCAAGAGUGUGGAGAGAUGGACAGAAGAAAGACUGCUUCAUUUAUCGAUUUAUUCUGACAGGAACUAUCGAAGAGAAGAUAUUCCAAAGACAAUCAAUGAAGCUCUCAUUGUCGAGCUGCGUCGUGGACGAAAAAGAAGACGUGGACAGACUUUUCAGCGCGGAUCUACUUCGUCAGCUCUUCCAAUUUCAGCCAGACACUCUAUGCGAUACUCAUGACACAUUCAAGUGUCCUAGAUGUGAUCCUUCAGGACAACGAAUGAAGGCUCCUGCCAUGCUCUACGGUGACAGUACCACCUGGAAUCACUUGCAAAAGGACGAUUUGGCAAAAAACGAGGACUCGCUUCUACAGAGAGAAUCUCUACACGACGAUGUAACCUACGCAUUCCAAUACAUUUCUCAUUGA